UCGGCCGGUGUGUGUAUGUGCGCGCGUGCGUGCGUGCGUGUGUGUGUGUGCGCGCGCGCCCUGGGUCACGUGUGAGCCUGUCCCGGCAGGAGUGGGAGCCUCCGCCGCCCCGCAGCUCCUCUGGGCGGACGCUUCCUCUCCGAACCACCGCCUCUCCUCCUCCAACUGCAGCGGGACAGCCUCACGCCGCGGCUCCCCGCCAUCCAAGCCUCCGGGACUGCCGUCAGCACCCGCGUCCAGAAAAGAGCGACGACGGCACGGGAAGCCCCGUGUCUCCGAGAUGAGCGAUGGUUCGGUCAAAUUAAGGCCGUUGUUGUGUCGCCAGAGAGGGAAGCUUGUUUUCGGAGCCCCGCCGCCCCUCCGCUCUGCCCGAAGGAUCUGAUUCAAAACCAAGAUGGCCGCCGACUCCGUGCAGGGGGAUGCCAGGGGCCAGCUGGUGGCUGAACGCCUCGGUUUGGGAAACAACCUGGACCUGUCUGACACAAUGGUCCAACAGAAGCUGGACGAGAUCAAGGAGCAGAUCCGCCGUGAGAUCCGCAAGGAGUUAAAGAUCAAAGAAGGCGCAGAGAACCUCCGCAAGGUUACCACAGACAAAAAGAGCCUGGCUUAUGUGGACAACAUGCUGAAGAAAUCUAACAAGAAGGUUGAAGAGCUUCACCAGGAGCUGCAGGAACUGAACGCACAUAUUGUGGUCAAGGACCCAGAAGAACUUCUAGAAAGCCCCGUAACUCCAGAUACUCCAAACAGUGAAGCAAGACUGUGCACCAGCAGCAGCCGCCUUGCAGCCCUAAAACGGCAGAAUGACAUCGAGCUGAAGGUGAAACAGGGAGCCGAGAACAUGAUCCUGAUGUACUCCAACGGGUCCUCCAAGGACCGUAAGCUACUUGCAGCUGCCCAGCAGAUGCUGCAGGACAGCAAGACAAAGAUCGAGUUCAUCAGGAUGCAGAUCCUCAAGGCCAGUCAGGCCAACGAGCUGAGCUUUGAGAGCAACGACGUGAUGGACAAGUCCAUCAUCAGCCCUCUAGACCUACGAGUGGAGGAGCUGUGUCACCACGCCAAGAUCGAGUCUGCCGUGGCAGAGGGGGCAAAGAACGUCAUGAAACUCCUGGGCUCUGGAAAAAUCACAGAAAAGAGAGCACAGUCAGAGGCCCAGGCUCGCUUCACUGAGUCCAGUCAGAAGCUGGACCUCCUCCGGUAUUCUUUGGAGCAGCGCCUCAGCGAGCUGCCCAAACACCAUCCUCGCAGCAACGCCAUCAUCGAAGAGUUGUCUCUGCUGUCCUCGCCGGCCCUUAGUCCCAGAUCCAGUAUCAUCUCUACACAGAACCAGUACACCACCGUGACCAAGCCUGCAGCACUCACAGGCACGUUAGACGUCAGGCUCAUGGGCUGUCAGGACCUUUUGGAAAAUGUUCCUGGUCGUUCCAAAGCCGCCCCCGUCCCACUUCCCGGCUGGAGUCCCAGCGAGAACCGCUCGUCCUUCAUUAGCCGUGCGAACAGAAACCGAGGAGUGAGCUCAAGACACCAAACGAAGAGCGAGGAGCUGUGCAAUGAGAUCAGUGCGGUGCUGAAGUUGGACAACACAGUCGUUGGACAGACGAGCUGGAGGCCGGUCAGCAACCAGGCCUGGGACCAGAAGUUUACACUGGAGCUGGACCGGUCCCGGGAGCUGGAGAUCUCUGUGUACUGGCGUGACUGGCGUUCACUCUGUGCUGUCAAGUUCCUGCGGCUGGAGGACUUCCUGGACAACCAGCGUCAUGGAAUGUGUCUGUACCUGGAGCCACAGGGGAUGCUGUUUGCUGAGGUACACACACACACACACACACACACACACACACACACACACAACACACCAAGCUGUUUGACUCCAGAAAAAGAUGUUGAAUAUUACAGUUUUCAUUGUCGUGUUUGCAGGAUAAAAGAGCAUUUAUCAGGGAAGACUUUCCUGCGAGCCCCCCAGAUGAACAUCAACAUCGCCACCUGGGGCCGGCUGGUGAGGAGAGCCAUCCCCACAGUCAGCUCCAACUCCUUCAGUCCUCAGGUCCCAGAGACGGGACAGAGCAGCCUGCCUGGUUCCCCCACACCCAGCAGUGACCCUCUGGUGACCAAGCUGGAUUUUGACAAAGAGCCCACACCAGAACCCAAACAUUACCCCAAACCUGACGACGUUAGAGAAGCACCUGUACAACAUAAGCUGGCCAACAAGGAUGAAGUUCAGGAUGCACUGAGCGCGUACGACUUCCUGAAGAGGAACAGCGAGGUCAUGGAGCCCGACAUGGACGGGCUGCUGCAGCCAGAGUUCCGUCACCCAGACCCAGAGCUCACCUCCAUCCUGAAAGAUACAGAAAUAAGGGAAGAGGAACAGUUCCACUUCAGUCUCCAGGACUUCAGAUGUGUGGCAGUUCUUGGACGAGGUCACUUUGGAAAGGUGCUGUUAUCAGAGUAUAAAACCACAGGGGAGAUGUUUGCCAUCAAAGCCUUGAAGAAAGGAGAUAUUGUGGCUCGAGAUGAGGUGGACAG